UUAUAGGCUGGAUUUAGAUUUUCAUAUUGAUAUUUGAAUUGGUGGUUCAGGUUGGUAUUUUAUUUUUGCUGUCACUUCAAAGUUCAAAGGUGUAUUUAUGAAUUUUCAACAAUUAUUUCUGUGACAGCCUGUUCCAGUAUGGCGGUCAGCACGGACUCAUCGGGCACCAACAAGACAUGGGAGCUGUCCCUGUACGAGCUGCACCGCACGCCGCAGGAACCUGUCGUCGACAACACUGUGAUUGCCGUGUCGCCACGCAGCCUCCACAGCGAGCUCAUGUGUCCCAUCUGCCUGGACAUGCUGAAGAACACGAUGACCACCAAGGAGUGUCUCCAUCGCUUCUGCAACGAGUGCAUCAUCACUGCACUCCGAUCGGGCAACAAAGAGUGCCCAACCUGCCGGAAGAAACUCGUCUCGAAACGUUCACUCCGGCCCGACCCGAACUUUGAUAAUCUGAUCGCCAAGAUCUACCCGAGUCGCGAUGAGUACGAGGCGCAUCAGGAGCGAGUCCUGGCCAAGCUGAACAAGAGUCACAGUCAGGCGGCGCUGGUUAGCUCGAUCGAGGAGGGGAUCAAAAUCCAGGCGCAGAACCGGCAGAACAGAAAGAAGCCGGCCGCGGACGACUCCAGUAACCCGGGCAGCCACGCGCCGCCCACACCCGUCGAGGCCACCCCGCAGACUCCGGCCGGCGCCCCCGAACCUCCUCCCGCGGCGGCUGCGGCGCCCCCCGCGGAGCCACCCACCACCGGUGCCGGGGAGACCUCAACGACCGCAGCGCCGCCCAGCUCCAAACGGCCGAAGCUCACAUCGGAGAACGAAUCCUCCGGACUGGAGGCGCCCUCGACCAGUAACGACGGCGACGCGGCUGAGGAGAGCAACGCCGUGCCUGAGAUCGAGCUGGUGUUCAAGCCGCACCCGGUGGAGAUGAGCGCCGACACGGCGCUGCUGAAGGACCUGAAGGAGAACGCCGUCCGGUACCUGAAGACCACGGCCAACGCCACAGUGGACCACCUGACCAAAUACCUGGUGAUGCGCCUGCCGCUGGACCUCGAGUCGCCUCUGGCCGGCACCCUGACCAACUUCACCAUCGCCGUAUCGCCCACGCCGGGUCACUUUGUGACCCUUCCCGGUGACCUCAGCUUGGAACAGGUCAGUGAGAAAUAUUGGCGCGUCGGCAGACCGCUGGAACUCGUCUACUCCUGGAAGAAGUAGAACUCGACCGAUGUCCGGACUGCGAGUGAUGCGAGACAGCGGACGAUGCGUGGUAUGAGAAAACGAACAGUGCAUACCGCGAGAGACAUGGAACGUUGUGUUGAGGACGAUCGAGUAGACGUCGCCUCAGAGAAACUAGAUUUGAGUGUGGGUGAGAGUGAGACAAACGGCGACAUUUCCAGUGUGACGGUACACGGAUGCGAUAUUCCGGAAGAGGUUGAGUUCUACUGUUCCCGGAAGAGACGAGGCCUGCUCCCGCGCGGUAGACCGACACGACGCGAAGCGCUUGACCGCGAGGGAGAUCUUUUGGCGAUCCGAGGAGGUGGGAUCGGCAGCCGAGGGAGACUUCUGGCGAUCAGGGGAGGCAGGUCCCGCGGCCGGCGGGCGGGACGCACCAGGAGCGGUUUGGGAAGAGGCAGGGGACGCAGACAGCUGAGAAAUGUCCUGGAACUGGCGCAGUCGGCGGCAGGCGGGGAUUACUCCGGUAAUGAACUUCCAUGUAAGAACGAUGUGAAGUGAACAGUCUUCAGCGGAGGCAGACAGGGACAGACACGCCGACUUAAACGUCUAUCGGCCAGCAAGCAAGGGCCAGAUUGGCGUCAGUAAUGCAACCGUCAUGUCAGUAAUUCAGCGUCGGCAAGCAUAACAGUUUAAACUUGCUUUCACUGACGGCACCCGUAGUCUGGCGAAAGGACGAACUUUAUCAUGCAAACACCAAUUGAAUAUUGCGGACUCGCAGCUCGACGAGCCAGACUCCUCCACCCCCAGUUUUCCAGUGUUUUAUAUGUUUGAGACUGCGCUGUGUGAGCAUUGAAACAUGUUUGAUUUGGUACCCAACUUUGCCGCGUCUGUAAGCUGCCUUUGACUGCAUUUGUACAGUGUCCGCAGUUGCUGGCCAUGUUCCAGUGUCAGUGUGUAUUUAUCUUGCGAGGCAUGUUUGAAGUACGACUGUUGUGUAUAAAGCGUAUGAAUUGCUGCUUUUGUGUUGGUACAAACGCUCUCGGUUGCUUAUCCUGUCUUGUAUUGUCGUGCGUUUGAACUUGGAGAUAGUGUUUCGUUUAGACUUGCUAGUGUGUCGUAUCAUGUAACUGCACAGCUGAGGUAAAGCUGGUAGUGUGACGUCAUACAUUGUACGGGUGUGACGUCAUCGGCCCGGCUGUGAAGGUGUGCUGGAGUGUGACAGUAUCGAAUGUAACAUACCACAGCGUGUGGGGCGGAUCAUGACGUCAUUAGGGUUCAGCUGUGAGAGCGGUCUGAUAUAUGACGUCAUUGAUCAGUCAGCUGGCCCAGGGCUCUUCCAAAGCCGCUCUGAAACAGGCAGUUAUAUCACCACGCCGAGUAUAAAUAUAUUCUGUCCAUCCGCGCC